GCGCUCUCGGAGCUGUGGGCCAGGCAAUGAGAGGGCGCGGUGCAGCCUAGGCCGAGCGGGCCCUGCGUGACGAGGGAGCGGCGAGAGGGAGAGACCGGGCGAACGCCGGCUGGUUGCCGCGGCGGUGGGUUCGGCCCACGGGCCGGGUGGAAUCAUAAUGGCAGAGGAGUUGGCUCCCUCUGUGUUUUUCCAGCACCAGUAUAUGUGUUCGGAGUGCGGACUUCUCUACAACACUUUGGAAGCGGUGCUGCUCCACCACCAGAGCCAUUUAGGGGAAUCCUGUGAGACUGCAGCCGCCGCCACUGUUGCUGAUGCAGAAUCCCAACAAGACAACCGCUAUCAAUGCCUGGAAUGUGGGUGUGUCUUGUGGUCACCUGAUGAGCUGUUAGCGCACCAGGAAGUGCAUCCCAGGGAAGUACCAACCCGACCUUCAUCUCUCCCAGCCACCACUGGACAGAUCCGCUACCAAUGCAAUGAAUGUAAUGAACUUUUUCCUUCUACGAGCCUCUGGCUAGCUCACCGCCGGACACACCAGAAACAGGAGGCUCCAGCAAACUCUUCUCCAUCAAUUUUACCUUCUUCUCAGCCGCCUCCCUCCCCUUUUUCCCAAAUGUCCAAUCCUGAGCCUCCCCAGAUCUCUUGCCUCCCAGCCUUGCAGGAACCACAUCCGACGUCACCGCAGUCAGUUCCCCCCAUGCAUCCUUACGAAUGCUCAGAGUGUGCCUUCCUUUUCUUAACACCAGAGGAGCUGCUGGAGCAUCAGGGUGAACAUUUUACUGAAAUCGAGAAAGAGAGUGGGGAGCCAGCUGAGGUGGCAACCCAGGAGGCGUCCAGCCCCUACAUGUCCCCAGUGCCAGGCCCUGAGGAAGCAAUAGCGGUGCCUCCUCCCGCUCAGGUUUUCUGUUGUACGGAGUGCAAGCAGGCCUUUGGUACAAUGGAGGCGCUGCAAAAGCACCAACAGGAACAUGUGGGGAACAGCGAGGAAUUCCUGUGUGGGGAAUGCCAGCGUGGCUUCACAACAGCCAAGCGGUUAUUGGCUCACCAGCGGGUGCAUGUGGAUGGCACGUACGAGUGUCCGAAUUGCAACAAGAUCUUCAAAAAGGCAGCCUCUCUUGAGCAACACAUGCGCAUCCAUAAAGGCGAGGCGCUCUACCUCUGCGUGGACUGUGGGCUUGGCUUCUCCACCGAGAUGACCUUAAUUAUGCACCGCAAAAACCACACGGCCAACCCCUUGCACCGUUGUCAUUGCGGCAAGACUUUCAGCAACAUGACCAAAUUCCUUUACCAUCGACGCACGCAUGCUGGCAAGAGUGGGAUCCCGGCCGCACGGGGGGGCGGAGGAGACCCUGCAUCCGGCCAGCCUGCCGAGCAAGCGCCCAAUGAGGAGGAAGCCCUUGUGAAUGGCUCCGCCCCUUCCUCCCGUUCGCCGGGGAACUCGGCCGAGGCCUCCAGUGGGGGGUUCCUGUGUCCUCAAUGUGGAAAGGCGUUCUCCACCCAUAUCCGGAUGGUGCGGCAUAAGCGAGUCGUGCACGUGCUGGAGCGCAAGCACAAAUGUCCCACGUGUGGCAAAAAGUUCAAGAAGCUGGUGCAUGUACGGAAUCACCUGCGGACACAUACGGGGGAGAGGCCGUUCCAGUGCUCCGAAUGCGGCAAGACGUUUGUUUCCCAGGCUAACUUGGCCCGGCAUCACGUAACCCACACCGGAGAACGGCCCUACCAGUGCCAGGUCUGCGACAAGCGCUUCACUCAGUCCUCGAAUCUCCGCCAGCAUCGCCUUUUGCACAUGGCUCCUAACGGAGACGGGUCCCACUCGUGUGACGACUGCGGCGCUGCCUUUCUCCGAGCCCGUCAGUUAGCCUUGCAUCGAACGGUGCACACAGGGUGCUUGCCUUUCCCUUGUCCGGACUGUGACAAAUCCUUUUCACGCCAUCGUCUCCUUGAACUGCACCGGCUCAGCCACUCCGGACACGAACCUCACCGCUGCCCAGACUGUGGCGCUCUUUUCGUGGCGGCCUCCAAGCUGCAGGAGCACCGCUGUGCCGGGCAGAACGAGCAGGGGAGCCCCCAGCAAUCAUACAUCUGCACCUCUUGCGGCAAGUACAUGGGCUCCUUGGCCAAACUGACCUUACACCAACUGGUUCAUUCAGGGCAGCGUCCGUACAACUGCCCGCUCUGUGGGAAAGCCUUCACUACCCCUAGCGGGCUGAGCCGACAUCAACAGCGCCACGCUGGCCUGCGCCCUCACAAGUGUCCUACCUGCAACAAGACAUUCGUGGCAGCCUCGGGGCUGCAGCUGCACCAGCGCACGCACACGGGCGAACGCCCCUUCCUCUGCCCAGAUUGUGGCAAAGCUUUCCGACAGGCCACUCAUCUUCGUGAACACCGACGCCUGCACACCGGGGAGCGGCCCUAUCGCUGUCCAGAGUGUGGCAAGGCCUUCGUGCAGUCCAUGCACCUGGCUGAGCACAGACGGAUCCACACCGGGGAGCGCCCCCACCCUUGUCCCCUCUGCUCCAAGACUUUCAAGACCGUCUCGAACUUGCGGAGCCACCGCAAAACGCACACAGCGCUGGCUGACAGCCAGGAUGCUGUGCAGCCUUUGGAAUCGCUUGUCGCUUCCGGCCAAUCCACCCAAACCAUUAUGUGCACCAAGUUUGGGGAGACCAUUGCUAUAAUUGAGAGCGCAGAGCCUCUCCCCAUGAUGGAGACCAUAGAGAUCUAUCUAGAGAUGUAAAUUUCCCAGAAAUGUAGAAGCCGUGCCAGGGGAGGGGAAUUUCCCAUCUUUUUCUGUAUUUAGUUACAAGGGAGGCGCAAGGGCAGCAUCCACACUUUUGCCUUGGUGCAGAGGUUUUAAAUCCUCUAUAACUCUUCUGUACACAAAGGCUUAACAUGCCAGCGGGAAACGGAGAGCACCCCUCUCUUCGUGCAUCUUUCAGCAGGGCUUCUCACUGCACCAAAAGUUCCUCAUCAGCUGUUUUAGUUUCGCAUGGAGGCCUAAACUACAAUUUACGGACCUCAUUUUGAGAAUUUCUCUGGGCAGUUCCUUUUUUGUCUGGGGGGUGGGGGUGCUGUGGAUUGGAGUUGGACCAGCCACCUUGAUCGCAGCCGGAUGCUUACCGUAAAUUAAAAGAGAUGUGUUAUAUUCCAUUAUGGUCUCCCAGUUUCAUUAUCAGAGAUUCUAAGGAAUGGCUCGAUACAGCAUCUAGGACAGGCUGUCCUAUAGUUUUGACUAUUGAAUUAUUUGCUUGCUUUCAGGGGAGGGGGAUUGUUAUUCGCUAUUAAGUCAAACAAAGUUGUGAUUUUAUGAUAGAAUAAUAAUGCUACAUCUUAAGGCAAAAGAAAGGGGAUACUUUUGUGCUUUGAUAGUUUGACACAGUUUUAUUAUGUCUGCAGUCCUAGCAGAACAAGCCGCGUUUUAAUUAAAACUGUCCCAACUGAGCAACAAGUAAAAAUACAGGAUUUUUGCUUUAAUGUGUAACUCCUAGCUGAAGGCCAGUUCCAUUUUUUUUUUAAAUUGGAAAAGCUCUGUGCCAUCUUUAGAUGAUUGGCGUAUGAUGACUGAUGAACAUGCAUGUUUUAAAACUCGAGAAUUUUUAUGACGAUUUUUCCAGACCAAAAUAUUGCAAUAUGCAUAAUGGGAAAAGGAAAUAAUGAGUUCCAUGGGUAGUCCAUCGCCCUGGGUAGCUUUGUAUUUGCUGCAUUUGGACAUCACAUUAACACGACCGAUGUGACCCAAUCCAAGUUCAUCCAGCAUACUAAACUUUUAACUACCAUGUGUUGGCUGGCUUGACAAAAAACAUUGAAGUAUUUGCGGAAUCUGGAACGGUUAGCAAACAGGCAUGUCAGUUAUCAUGUGAGGAUAUUAUCUUUUUAGGAUGUGACACUCAAAGACAGUCUAACUACUGAAGCAGAUGGAAACAACAGGGGUAAAAGCUGACACUGUUGAGUGAAAAGAUUCCAGUGUAACAACUAACCAAGGAACUAUGCCACCUGGUUGGGGGCCAUAAUGAGCAUGUUAAUUGUGCACACCUAGCUACAAUCCAGUGCACAAGUUCUCAGCUAAUGCUAAAGGCUAUUUUUUUAAUUGGGUGUAGGUUCAAUAGCAAGCUUGACAGCUGAGAUUGCUAAGAGAGACUGCAUGUCCCCCACUCAUACACAUUUGAACAAAGUAGAGCUAUGCCAUCCAAUCUACAUGCCAUAAGCAUUCUUUAGUGAACUUGAAUUCUGUAUAGGAGGAUUUAUGGCAUUUCAAGUAGCCAGUCUUAACACAAGGAACAUGAGUCUGGAGCCCAAGGUAGAAGCACAGCUCUAGGUCCCCAUAAUCUACCCCAAAAGAGUCAACCACAAGUGCUUGGGGCGGGAAAAACCUUGAUCCCAACGUUAAGGAGCCAAUUUUCAUUUUUUUUUUAAACAAAACAAAACCCUGUACAUUCAGAUUUAAAUAGCGAAGCUAGGGUGGUACACAGCUGAACCAAUUCCUCCCUCUCUCAGAUCUGUACAGAUAGUCCUCAACCACAACUGAGCCCAAAAUUUAUGUUGCUAAGCGAGA